UAGAUGCAGCAAGAGAGAUAGAGAGAGGGGAGAAAAAACGCCGGUAUCCGGUGGAACCGUGAGGCGGUGGGAGCCCUGAAGCCCCUCUCCUUUUGUGCUCUGAGCCUGACUGAGAGCGAGAGGCUGGCCCCAACUCCCGCAACAUGCAGCCUGGAAAACAGCCGCCCGUGUAGAGGGAGAGCGACUGGGGAAACGCUCUCCCAGGACCGGGGCAUCCAGACCCUCCCUGGACCAGCACGAGGAGGAGGACUGGUUCCUAUAAACCAGGGGCAAGGGAGAGAGGAGACGGGGCUGGGGGCUUGUACUGAGUCCGCACAGUUCCUAGAAGAAGGGGAAAGGUCCAAUUUCGUCGCCUUUUGGACAAACCGGUGAAUCUGCCAUUUUACUGCAGUGUGUGUGUGUGUGAGACACAUCGCCAUUAAUCUCGGUGCUGCAGAUUUCCAAAAAGAAAAUCAGUGGGAGUGGACACAUUCGUUUUAAAAACCUGGGCUUUCCGAACGCUGUAGAUGAUUUGGAUUAAUCCCCGAUUUUUAAAAGAAAAAUUGGUCGCAUUGGGAAAAUAACCAAGAGACUGCACAUCUGCAAGGCGGCUCCCCGACGCAGUGAGACCUCACCAGCAUCUGCAGUAUCUAUCCCCCAGCACCAGAGGCUGGGCACUGAUAGCUCCGGAUAGCCCCCAGUCCCAGAGGCUGGGCACUGAUAGCUCCGGAUAGCCCCCAGUCCCAGAGGCUGGGCACUGAUAGCUCCGGAUAGCCCCCAGUCCCAGAGGCUGGGCACUGAUAGCUCCGGAUAGCCCCCAGUCCCAGAGGCUGGGCACUGAUAGCUCCGGAUAGCCCCCAGUCCCAGAGGCUGGGCACUGAUAGCUCCGGAUAGCCCCCAGUCCCAGAGGCUGGGCACUGAUAGCUCCGGAUAGCCCCCAGUCCCAGAGGCUGAGCAGUUCCCCCAGCCCACCCCCUCAGGGCAGCCGUGAGUACCAGCACAAUGGGUACCGUGCUGUCUCUGUCCCCUAGCUACAGGAAGGCGGCUCUGUUUGAGGAUGGCUCGGCCACAGUGGGCCAGUACACGGCCGUGCAGAACAGCAAGAACUGCAAGGAGAAGAACCUCAAGCGGCAGUCCCUCAUCUCGGUGCUGCCCUGGAAGCGCAUCGUGGCCGCCUCGGCCAAGAAGAAGAGUUCCAAGAAGGUCAACCCCAACAGCUACCAGAGCAACGUGACCCACCUCAACAACGAGAACCUGAAGAAGUCUCUGUCCUGCGCCAACCUGUCCACCUUCGCCCAGCCGCCGCCGGCCCAGCGCCUCAACCAGGGCUCGAAGGGAGCGUCGACCCCCAAGAAGAGCCCCAGACUCGGCUCUGCGACGUCCCCCAAGAGGGUGAUAGUGCAGGCGUCCACCAGCGAGCUGCUCAAGUGCCUGGGCGAGUUCCUGUGCCGCCGCUGUUACCGCCUGAAGCACCUGUCUCCCAGCGAGCCGGUGCUCUGGCUCCGGAGUGUGGACCGCUCGCUGCUCCUGCAGGGCUGGCAGGACCAAGGGUUCGUGGCCCCGGCCAACGUGGUCUUUGUUUACAUGCUGUGCCGAGACGUGAUCUCCCCGGAGCUCGCCAGCGAGCACGAACUGCAGGCCAGCCUCCUCACCUGCCUCUACCUGUCCUACUCCUAUAUGGGCAACGAGAUCUCCUACCCGCUCAAGCCCUUCCUGGUGGAGAGCUGCAAGGAGGCGUUCUGGGACCGCUGCCUCAGCAUCAUCGACGCCAUGAGCGCGAAGAUGCUGCAAAUCAACGCGGAUCCCCACUUCUUCACCCAGGUCUUCGCCGACCUCAAAAACGAAUGCAACCAGGACGACAGUGGACGGAUGCUCAUAGGCUUGGACCGGUGACUGAGGUCCCCCCCACCCCCCUCCCUUCUUUCCUUCCCAUUCCUCUCCCCCCCCCCCCCCCCCCUUGGCUGCAUCACUGUCUCUGAGACACAGACACAUAAAAUCUCGAGAAUCGAUUAGAACCUAACCGAUACCUCGACUGACUUGAGUGUGCAUCAUUUUCCUUUACUCUAUGUAUGUAUGUGCGUGUGUGUGCGUGUGUCAGGGGGGUUCUAGUCCGAAAGGGAUUUAUUUCCAUGCUGCUAAAAAAAAGUGUUUUAGAACAAAUUUAAAACCCGUCCUGGAUAAACGGCACGUUUUUUUAAAAAAUCUUCUUUAAAUUGCUACAGUGGUAUUGUGCAUGUAAAGUAUCCCUGUGUCCCUGAGACUGAUAUUAGAACUGACUGUACAACAAUUUAAAAAAACACCAAGGAAAACACUUGAGUAUUGGGAUAGUUCUUUUUUCCAUUCAAUGUUUUGAAGAAGUAUUUAUCGACAUCAAGACGAGGGGAAAUAUAUAUAUACUUUUUUUCUGUCGUUUUGGGAUGCACGUGACUUCUGUUUCUCUGAAAUCAGAACCUACUAAGGAUGUGCCAUUUUCACACGGAAGUCUGUCUGAGAGACUUCAGUUGUACAUUUUGAAAGUGCUAAUAUUAUGAAAAUGUUUCCCAGUGCAAUUUGUUAUUUAAGGAAAAAAAAUCUCUGUUGACCAAAUGGUGUUAUUUGUUGUAUGUGUGUAGGGUGUAUGUAUGUGUGUGUCUGGGUGAAAUUGAGAAUAUUGGUGUCACAAUGCUGUGAACAGCGGUGGCUGUAUUUUAUGUUAAUGUUUUUUUUUAAUUUCUAUUUAUUUUUGUACUGUGAUGAA